UUUUUUCCGAAUAUGACUCUAUCAACUGGCAGAGUUUACUAAAUGAUUAACACUUGAAAGUAAAUUUUAGUUUAUUUAUAAGUCUAGUAACGAGAAUGUAACUCACAAUAAGUAGUACAUUAGGAUUUAUGUAGCUAAACAUCUUUGUGUGACAGGAGGUGAUGUUUGCAUUCAACAAUGACAUUAAAGUCGUUUUAGUUGAUGUGUUUCAAAUAUAAGAUCAGUAUGGAUGUGAACGUUAUUGUGAUAAAGUGUCAGAUUUUAGUCUUUAUCAUCUUGUCACAGGAACCGUAUGUUAAGGCUAUACGAGAUAACCACGUUUGCCACGUGUCUGGGACAUGUGUGAACUGGAGCAACCGGAAUCUUUCAUACAUUCCGAAACUGCCUGAAAACACAGAAUGCCUGAUAUUUGAAAAUAACAUGUUACCAAAUGUUACGCAAGGAACAUUCAGUAACGUGAGUAAACCUGAGAAGAUGUUGCAAUUAUAUCUUUGGCGUAAUGGCAUCACCUUUCUGUCAGAAGAUGCAUUCGCUGGGUUUGCCCAUUUGGAGUACUUGGAGUUAUCUGGAAAUAAAGUUCAGAAUGAUGACAUUAAGCUACUUCUCGGGAGUACCUGCUCAAACAAGCAUCUAAAAACCUUAAAGUUAAACUCGAUGAUGAAUUUGUUGAUUCAAGAGGAUACGUUUUCACUGAUGAAUGAAACCCAGCUUACUGCUAUUCAUCUUAUGGGCAACAAUAUAAGAAACUUUUCUAAGAGCAUAUUGCAAAGGAUGCUUAACAUCAGGACACUUGUCCUUGAUAUGAAUCUAAUACAGGAUUUGGAAUUUCCGGAAAUGGUGAAUCUGUAUGAACUUAGAAUGAAAGGUAAUAGGCUUUACCGUGUUCCAAAUUUCUGUUCGACGCACACAGACUCUUUGUCUUUAGUGCCUAAUCUAGGUCGUUUAAAACUCGAUUAUAACAAAAUUUCAAGUAUCACAAACAAUACGUUUCAGUGUUUAAGAAAUCUUACACAUUUUGGUAUAGAAGGAAAUUUGCUGUCGCUGAUUCCAAACGGUGUUCUGUCACGAACCCCUAAUAUUAUCCUUUUCAAUGCGAACCAAAACACUGGACAUAAAGCACUCAUUGAGCCUAGGGCAUUUAUAUCACAGACGUUACAAACUCUUGAAAUCGGGUUUGACGGUGCCGCACAGUCGAUAUUCAUUUCUGUUUCAGAAACAUUUAAGCAUUUACCUAACCUAACAACAUUAGAAAUUGAUUAUAUCGAUAUGUUUAAUUUGUCAGAUACAUCUUUGUCAAAACUCCUUUCGCCUCUGACAAAUUUGAGAUACUUUAAAUGUUAUAAGUGUCGGAUUAAACAUGAUCCACUAAUCUUUCUUGAAAACAAACACUAUUUAACCAAAAUAAAUCUAAAAGUGAAUGAGAUUAAAACAAUUAGCGGUGACACGUUUAGAAAUAACCCUUCUUUAAAACAAUUAUAUUUAAGUGAGAACAAAAUUGGACACAUGAAGCAAUCAAAAGAGUUCUUAAAUAGUCUAGAGGUUGUAGAUCUUUCAGUGAAUCCUUUUGUGUGUGACUGCGAGUUGCAAUGGUUUAUAUCAUGGUUUCAGAGUAAUCAUCAUACAAGGAUUUCUAAUCCUAACAGAUACACAUGUUCUUCUCCUUCAAAAUUGGCAGGGAAGCGAGUGGCAAAUGUCAAAUUUAGCUACAGGCAAUGCCACCCAUUUAGUACUGUGGAAUGGUUCGGUAUGAUAGGUGGACCAGUUAUUAUUGUAAUAGUAAUUACGUCCGUUGUCAUAUAUCGCAAUAGAUGGAACAUAAAGCAUUACAUAUAUCUUAUGAGAAAAAGGCGGAAUUAUAUACAAGUGGAAGGAGACAUUUACGCGUAUGACGCAUUUGUUGCUUAUAACCAAGACGACUCAUUGUGGAUUCGGGAACAUCUUAUUCCAGCCUUGGAAGAAGGACACAAUUUGAAACUAUGUAUACAUGAGAGAGACUUCCAGAUUGGUGCUUUCAUCAAUGAUAACACUGUGAACUGUAUUGGAGAAAGUAAAAAGAUUAUACUGGUCAUGUCUAAUGCAUUUGCCACAAGCGGAUGGUGUAUGUUUGAGUUGAAAGUUGCCCUCUUAAAACAUAUUGAAGACGGGACAAAAGUCAUUGUUGUUUUACUAGAGAAAAUACAAAACCGGAACAUGAGUAAGUCGCUUAAAGUUCUCAUAGAAACAACGACCUAUAUCGAAUGGACUGAAGAUCAUGCUGGACAAGAUCUUUUCUGGAACAAGUUAAAAGACGCAGUGGGAAUAUAGAAACUAGAGAGAAAACUUCCAUUUAUUUUUGGAAGUGUCAAGGCCAUAGAAGUGUCAGAACCAUAGAAGUGUCAGGGCCAUAGAACUGUCAGCAUCAUAGAAUGGCAAAAUGAAAUUCUGUUAUAUUAGAACCAAUACAUAUAAUGUUAUAUUGUAUUAUGUAGGUAUAAUUCGCAUUAAACAAUUCCUGUAUAAUACAAUGUUAACCUGCAGAUCUUUAGUCGGUAUGUAUGUCCGAUCCUUAUGUAGACAUUGACAUACAAGCAUUUUGAAUAUGUCGAGAUAUUGUUGGAAGUAUGGUUUUUCACUGAAAUUAUUUACAUCAUGUUACAACGACAACAACAGUGACUUAAUCAUCCAGUGAAAAAUGACUAACGUGCAUGUACAUAAUCCUUGAAAAUACUGAUUUUAUCUAUAAGGAGAUAUGGAACACAACCACGCAAAAUAAUAGCACAGUCCAGCUUGAUGGGUAAUGAAGUGUAUACCCGUUACCCUCGCGGACAUUUAUUGUUAAAUAUUGGCUUAUUUAUAUUAAUUCAUUUGGAAAUAAAAAAACAGUUGUAUUUUUAUAUACUUUACAAGAAUGUUUUUAUUAAAUAAAAAUGACCAAAGUAGGUGUUAAAAACCCUAAGAAACAAUCGACAAGGAAAUUAUUAUUUUUGUAACGGAAGGUACAUCUUAUUCACAAUGCAAUAUAUUUCCGGCUGUCUUAUGAUGCAAAUUUUUUCUUCCUUGUAUCAGAUUAUCGAAUCAUUCUCAAGGGCCUGAAACUGAAAAAAAUAUGUUGAAUCUAAUAAAUAAAACGAGCGUUUGCUAGUCAGAAUGUUAAUGUUAUUGACUUUUCGGCACUAAAUUUAUGCCACACAUUCGUAGCGAGCAAUCUGAUGCCUUGCAAUUGAAAGAGGUUUAUAUUAUGCAUUAUUUUAAAUUUAAUUUUGAUAGCUACAAAAAUAGAUUUGUUAUAUUAUUUGCUCUAUUAAUGUCCGUAAUAACUUAGAGAUACAGUAGUUACCUAUGUUAUACUCUCGCUUGAGCUUCUAUGGCCAGGCUUGCAUAGCGUUUAGGGCCAUCACGUCUAUUUUCUGUUGUAAUUGAAAUUUUGCAAGUCUCAUUGUGUUUGCAAAGGUUUCACAAUUUAUUGUGUAUAGAUUUGACUUUAUAAAUAAAAUUAUACAUUGCUUUGUGCACUUAA